UUUUUUUUUUUAAGGCCCGGUGACUGAGAGCCAGAUAUUGAGAGCCGUGAAAGAGGAGAAUCUAUUCGGCAUGGUGGAAUGUGAUAUCAGAGUUCCUAACCAAUGGGCGACUGGUUUUGAACGGGAACUUUCCCCAUACGAGUAUUUUUCAGAAAUGGCACCAAUAUUUUGCAACACGGACAUUCCAUUCUCUGCCAUUGGUGAACAUAUGAAAGAACAUGUACGACGGAACAAAUUAUCGGACAAACCCCGGAGACUUUUAAUCGGUGGAAUGGCAGCACGCAAAAUGUUGAUUGCUACCCCACUUUUAAAAUGGUAUAUCGAACAUGGAAUGCAAGUCGAUCAUAUAUAUCAAGUGGUGGAGUAUACUCCAAUGGCGUGCUUUAGAGAGUUUGUGACGGACGUGACGGACGCUAGGCGACGAGGAGACGACGACAAAAUGUCAGCGGUCAUUGCCAACACCAUGAAGCUGAUAGGAAAUUCUGCCUACGGUGGACUGAUUAUGGAUAAGAGCAAGCACACCAACAUUAAAUAUGUUCGCGGGGAAACCAAUGCCUGCAACGCCAUCAAUGACCCGCGAUUUAAAGACUUACACCAACUGGACGAGGACAUUUUUGAGGUAGAGAAUGCCAAACGCACAAUUACUUACGACCUACCUAUACAGCUAGGUUACUUCAUUUUACAGUACGCAAAGCUUCGCAUGUUGGAGUAUUACUACGACUUCAUGGACGUCUUCGUUGACCGUAGCGAUUUUGCGUACUGCGAAAUGGAUACAGACAGUGCGUAUAUGGCCAUCUCUGGGAAAAGACUGGAAGACAUCAUUAAAGCGGACAAACGACAACUUUAUGACAACGGGCUAUACGGUUUUUGCCAUGUUAGGGACGUAAAUGCUGACAAUCGCGUGCACUGGUUCCCACGGAAAUGCUGUAAUGACCACGAAAAGCGUGACAAGAGGACACCAGGACUUUUCAAAUUAGAGUACGAAGGUGACCGUAUCGUUAGUUUGUCAUCUAAAACGUACUGUGUGACUAAAGACGACGACAUCAAAUUUUCUGCCAAAGGAAUUCAAAGAAAAACUAUAGAGGAUAAUUCAAAUGCAUUUAGAGUGUACGAGGAUGUGCUGAAAACGAAAGAGACCAAAUCCGCAGUGAACAUCGGUUUCCGGGCACGAAACAACACUGUUUUUACCUACCAGCAGGAAAAACAGGGUUUUACGUACUUUUAUUGUAAGCGAGAAGUGCUUAGUAAUGGGAUUGAUACAAAAGUGCUCGACCUAGUGCUGUGCCCGGAAAAGAAAGAUCCGACGGAUGUAAGGAUGGCGGAUAUUUUGUGUGAGUUAUUGAACGAAUGAAUGGACUGAGUGAGGACUUGUGUACGCGCACAAUUGUAUUGAAUGUGUGUGCUUAUCUUGGAGGGGCCUCCUGUGGCAGUGUGCGUGCGUGCUUGUGUGUG